UAAAGGAUAUUCAAUGUAUCGAUAAAAAAUUACAACCAAGGUAACUAAGUCACUAUUUAAGGAAUAACAAGCUCGGUAACGACUCCAACGCAGUCAUUGGUGUUAUUACCCUUGCCAUAGUAGAUUUGAUAAACUUCAUCGGUGUUGGGAACAUGACAUGCGACAGGAAAACUGUUGUUGUAUCGGAAUUCGUAGCCAAUGGGGGUAACUUGCUUAGUCUUAAAACCGGUCAAAGGAGAGUUGCCAGAGGAUUUAAAGACAAGAGCUCCGUCCUUCUCGAGAAAAGCAGUCUCAUUUUUGUGAUAUAAUUGAGUGUCUUUCAGGUAAAACUCAUUUACUUGAUUAGCAUGAUCAUGUGGAGUCAAAUAAACAUGUCCUGACUUGCCAACAAAGAAAGGAUGAAGGUGGACAUUUUAAAUUACCAGAGUGAAGACUCAUGAUGCCGAAUUUUUUCUUAAACGACAAGUCAUGCUUAGUAGUGGGGACUUGAGAACCAAAGAUACUGGUGGCACUAAGAACAGAAACCUAGAGGGCAGCAGACAGGGAAAACUUCAUUUUAACAGUAAUGUUAAAUGAUAUAGACACUGAUGUGAUAAUUCAAAAACAAAAACAAAAAAAUAAACAAAGAAGUGCAACAAACCACAUUACAAACUGAAUCAAAAAAAAGCCAAGUAUAUGAUACUUCCAAGCAAAGGAUUUCUCGACUCUAUAUAUAUACCAUUUGCACCAAGACGCAUAGGUCGUUUGAGAAAAUAGGACUGCUUAAGACACAAUAAUCUUGGAAAUGACGAAAAAGUAUUAACAAAUAUAAGCAACGAACCGAACCAACUUGACUUUGCAGAUGAUUCAAAGUAGAUAGAACCCACAAGUCCGACAUUGCAGUCGGGGCUAGGAAAAUGAGAUAUCCCAAGAAGGAAGAAGGGACAGAUUGAUAAUGCACUUCGUCAUCUGAGGAGCUAAAAUGAUAUGCCUAUAGUCAUUCAUUCAUAGCAACAAUCUGGAAAGCUUUGGUGGUUUUUGCCUCUUUUAUCUCUUUCUUUUAACUUCCAACAACACGACUAUUGUAUAGUGUAAUAUUGAUACUUUCCUGGUUUUCACUUGCCCAAAGACAGAUAAUGAAGAUGAAUAAGCAACAAAGCAAUAAAGUAAAAAGAAAAAACCACCUUUUCCUUUCAAACAAUUAUUAUGUUUUGUCAUCAAUUUGUCACCUGUCGCAACUGGUGUUUAUGUGAACCCGCAACCCCCUUGUAUCAUUUGACUUUUAGUCAUCAGCGAAAAAGUAUAAAUAUGUCAAACAUACCGCUAAAAGACACAACCAACUAAGAGAAAUACAAAAUGACAAACACUUUUGAAGCAAUCGUUACAGGUGCGACUGGCAUUAAUGGUGCUGCCAUCAUCAACCGACUUUUAGAAGAACCCAAAUGCUCCAAGAUUCACUGUGUCUCUCGCAGACUGAAAGGAAAGUAUCCUAGCAAAGUUAAGCACUAUUCAAUUGAUUUAAUCACUUCAAAUCCUGAACAGAUUGCAACGACUUUCCAAAAAGAGGGAGUUACAAACAUUACAUAUGCCUUCCACACUGCCUACAAAGAGGAAUCAGAUGAAGGUGAAGCGUGCAAGACCAAUGGAGCAAUGUUAAGAAACUUUGUAAUAGGUCUUGAAAAAAGCAAUAACAAGACUCUAACGAGAGUUGUAUUAACGACUGGUCUAAAGUACUACGGACCCCAACUCGGUGAAGUAAGACUUCCCAUGGAAGAAUCAGAUCGCCGUGUUCCUGAAAGUUUUUCAGGUUUACCAAAUUUCUAUUACAUUCAAGAAGACAUCCUUCAAGAAUUGAGUGCUAAUAAGCCUUGGGACUAUGUGAUUGCUAUGCCCAGUGACAUCUGUGGUGUUUCUCAAGGAGGUUACAUGAAUCAAGCAUUCACAAUUGCACUGUAUGCUCUCGUCUGUAAAGAAUUGGAUGAACCAUUCCAUUUCCCAGGAAAUGAAAAGAUCUAUAAAGGGCUUAAUGAUAUUUCCUACUCGGGUUUGAUCGCCGACUUUGAAGUAUGGGCCGCUCAAAAACCAGAAACUAGCAAUGAACGGUUCAAUAUUGUAAACGGUGAUUCUCACAGCUGGUCAAGAACUUGGCCAAAGAUUGCUGACUACUUUGGCUUAAAAAUUCCUAAAAAUCAAUUUGAUAACUGGUCUUCUUUAAGCAACAAAAUUACCUUGCCCACACCUCCACCUAUCAGGUUAUACCAAGAGGAAAUGGGCAUUAAGAAUAUCCCGAAUACUGAAUUUAUCAACCAUAUUUCUUUUCCCAAGUGGAUCCAGCAAGAUAAAGUGAAGAAGGCAUGGAAACAGAUUGCUGAACGCGAACACUUGGAUCCUAACCUUUUAGACACUGGUACAUGGGCCUUUUGCGAUUUUACGGUAGGCAGAACCUAUUAUGUGGCUGCAUCCAUGAUUAAGGCUCGUCAAUUCGGCUAUCAUGGAUACUAUGAUACAUUUCAAGGAUUUCAGAAGACAUUCGAUACUUUAAAACGUGAAAAAGUCAUUCCUUCUUAAUGAAUAGACAGUUCAGUUUUACGAUAAAUAUUUUUAUGAUUUCAACAUAUAAAACGUUCAUCCUUGAGAUUAAAUCAAAUCAAAUCAAAUCAACAUAAAGCUUAA